UUGUCGAGCAGACAGUGCAGGUCAUGAAUUUAUCAAUGGCUGGCUGCAAGGGUUGAACAAUGCCUGAGCUCUCUGUAGAAGAUGGGUGGAGUGGUGAAAACAGGAGAGGAAUGGGUGGAGGGCUGGUAGUUGUUUGACCCCCACUGGACACGGUACAGAGAGAGAGAGAGAGAGAGAGAGAGUCAAGGAUUUGCCCUGACGACAUAUGAGGAUUAGAAUCAGAUAGCUGGAAAGGCCUACGAUAACCUGUUCCUACCAACACCCUGAAACGGGGGAAGGUGGUUAAACCAGUGAAACACUAAAGCGCACUCUUGUGGACCCUUUUCACCCAUCAGUUGUUAGGUGUUCAAGAUACCUGUGGCACAGAGGACCAUGAAGGCCUGGGGGCUGCUUCUGCUCGUCGUCAUAGCAAUCAAAGCUGUCAGUACACAGUGGAAUGUGUGGAUGCCACGGGAUAUCUCCGCCAUGACCAACUCAUGUGUGGUGAUCCCCUGUUCGUUUAUGUAUCCUUCGGGAGUCAGGCCUUAUCGUGGGGUCCAUGGAAUAUGGUAUUUUGGCCAGCCUUACCCGCAGCUGUUCCCUCCUGUGGUGUACAAAUCACGGACAGACAUUGUGCAUGAGAGUUACAAAGGGCGCACUAAAUUAGUGGGUGACCUGCACCAAAAGAACUGUACACUGAGGAUCGGCAACAUCGGCCCCGAGCACUCUGGGAGGUACUACUUCCGUGCAGACCUGGGUGGAGCCAAUAUUUACACAUACCCAGAUUUCUCAGAACUUAAGGUCCUGGACCAACCAAACAUUGAUGUACCUGAGGAAAUUGUUAGUGAUGACAGCCUUGAUUUGACGUGUUAUGCCCCUGACAACUGUCCUGAUAUGACCCCUGAAAUACACUGGAUGUACACAGACUACCUACCAGACCCUCUCUUCACUGCCGACUACUUGGAAGACAGCAACACAGCAGUGAUAUCCAGCACUUUAACUUUUACUCCCAGACCCAUGCACAAUGGCCAACUGCUUGGCUGUCGAGUUCAAUACCCAAACACCACCUUUGUGUAUGAACAUCUCCUUGCAUUGGAUGUCAAGUAUGCCCCCCAGACGGUGUGGGUAAAUGUCUCCCAAGAGGUCAUGGAGGGGAGUGCAGUGAUGCUUCACUGUGAAGUGGACAGUAACCCAGUGUCCCGCAUCUCUUGGCACUUUGGAGACGAAGAGCUCCUGUCAGACACAGCUUCAAACGUCUCACUCUACCUAGAGGAGCUCAACCCCUCCCAGGAGGGCAUCUACACCUGCGUUGGGGACAAUGGCUACGGUGUUAUGAACACCUCUAUGUACCUGGCUGUCAAGUUUCCACCCCGUGAUCCCUGGGUGAAUGGCUCUCUGACAGUGGUGGAGGGUUCAUCUAUAUACCUCCACUGCAACACACAAGGCAGCCCGGUGCCUACUCUUACCUGGCUUAAGGAUGGGGAGCUGGUGGGAACCAUUACGGCUGACGAGCUGUCUGUCUUGGAACUGGUGGAGCUGACACCUCAGGGAGGCGGCCAGUACCGCUGUUUGGCUGAGAACGAGCAUGGCCGCUCCUCCAGCUCACUCAACAUCACAGUAGAGUUUGCUCCCAUUCUUCUGGACGAGUCCAAAUGCACAGUAGUCCGUGAGGGGGUCCAGUGCGUGUGCAUGGCAACAGGAAACCCUGAGCCGGCUAUUCAGUUUUACCUCCCUGACCUGAACAUCACCAUAAACGAGACAGAGAAUCGCUUCAACUACUACACACACACAGACGGCUUCACAUCAACUGGAAUGAUCAAGCUGCGCGACAAGGGGGAACAAAUGGGCAACGGAGGAACUGGGAUUCAUGUCCACUGCAGCAUCACCAACAUAUAUGGCACUGAAACCGUCCAGCUGGAGCUGCAGCAGGAGAAAAAGUAUAUGAUGGCUGUGAUCGUGGGAACCAUUGGAGGAGUAGCAGUUAUUGCCUUCAUCAUUGCUGCAGUGAGAUAUGUUGGCCAUAACAACAAGAAAGAGGAUGGCAACCCUGGGCAGGACCUGGUUUCUAAACUGGAGAAUCCAUCAAUGUUCUACAGCGCAGUCAAGAAGGACAAACACAGUCUCAGGAAGAAAGUGCUUAAGACUGAGCUGCUGGGCUCAAAGUUUAACUCCAUCCUAGAAGAGAGUACCACGGGAGAAGAGGGGGAUUAUCAGUCUGUGGGCUCUGUGGCAGGCUUACAGAGGCCAGAGCUGAACUACGCUGCCCUGGACUUCAUGAGAGGGAGGCCUAGGGAGGGGAGAGCAGGACAGGGGGAUGACGCCAGUGACUACACUGAAAUCAAAUCCAAGUGAAGAGCAAUGCUUCUCUGACACCUUUGCUGCAUCGGACACCGUUUCUGAGUACUCUCCCCACACGCUACUCAACCACCACUUCACCUCCGAGCUACCACCACAGCAUUGAUCUUAUUUUCUCAAGUAAUAUUUGCUAAGGUUUGGUGCAAAUCAGUAUGUCCAACAACAGCUGCAAAAACGACUGCAAAAAGUGGUUACUACCAACAGUAAAUCCUGAGCCUCUCUCCACAACAUUAUUCACAGACCGUAUGUUCCUACUCAGUCUUUCAGUAACCAUCAUGUCUUUUAGUGUCCUUUCCAUGCUCUAUCCAGUGAAACCCAAAGUGUCAGGGAAGACUUGCCUCUGUGUCAGCAACCUUGGAAUAAUUAUUGAGCGAACUUUACCACUACUGUUUGCAUAUUAUUUAUGUAUUAUUCUACAUUUCACGUAGUUCAUUGUUUGACUUUCAGUAUUUUGACUGAUUUCUUAAGAUUGAUUUGGUUACCACAUUCUGACCAUAUAUGGUCAUCGUAUCAUGUGCCCAUACAUUCCCACAGUACAUUGCGUAUGGAGGUUUUUUCGUUAAACACAAUGUAUGCCCACCACCUUAAAUUGGUCAGAUUAGCAUGAAGCCUACAUCAAAUAGACAAUGUAUGCCCACCACCUUAAAUUGGUCAGAUUAGCAUGAAGCCUACAUCAAAUAGACAAUGUAUGCCCACACACCUUAAAUUGGUCAAAUUUAGCAUGAAGCCUACAUCUUCCACUAAACCUCCCCAUGUAAGGCGUGCGCCUGUGGAUGAACUUGAAAUGCUGUGGGUUUAUUACAGGAAUCAGCUACCAUGUGGUUCAUGUUUGUAUUCAAAGUUAAAUUAGGCAUAAUGUCUAAUGUAAUAAUAAUAAUAUGUUACUGACUGCUAUUGAAGUUACUGUAAUCACUGUUAAAUCUGACUAUGUUUGUGUAUUAAUGUCUUGCAUAUUUCUGUAAACCAUGGCAACACAGUACAGUAAUGGAUUAAAUAACUAAAGAGUUUAACUUUUUUGAGAGCUGACAAGGCUAAGCAGGGAGGGGUAUGAAGUUUAAUGUAGAUCCACAGCAUGACAUACCAAAUAAUCAAAUCAUAAACAAAUAACCAGGCUUCAUUUCAAGGAUGUCAAAAAUCCAUUAUGACCAAUCCUGUUGUGAAAACUGUAAAAACUUGGGGGAUACAUUUUGUUAUUUUGCAUGUAGGAGAUACAGUGUCCACGUGACUGUUCAUCCAUGAUCAUUGUAAAGUUUUUGUACAAUGACUUGAUCAUUUCAAACUGAACCUUGCAAUAUAAAAAGCGUUGCUAUUAAAUAUUGACCGUAUAAUAUGUAUGGUGUUGUGUGCUUGCAUCAUUUUAGAUAUAAUCUUGUUCUGAUACCCAAAUGUCAUUUUCUUACAAAGCCCAAUAAAGAUCAGGACUGAA